GAGCAAUACGUUUCGUGCGCCUAGCAGUUUAACCAACCCCCAAUCCCCACCCUUCCUCCUGCUCCUCGUCCCUAUCUCUUCACCUUCCUUGCCCUCGACAACGCCGCCCGCGCUCAUCGUCUCUCACCGGAACACGCCGAAUCCCCAAUCCAAUCCGACCCUGACCGUCUCGAGGCGCGUGAUGGCGAGGAGCUCGUUCAAGCUGGAGCAUCCGCUCGAGAGGAGGCAGGCUGAGGCCAACCGCAUCAGAGAGAAGUAUCCUGAUAGAAUUCCUGUCAUUGUUGAGAAGGCUGAGAGGAGUGAUAUCCCAGACAUUGACAAGAAGAAAUACCUCGUCCCUGCUGAUCUCACUGUCGGACAGUUCGUAUACGUUGUACGGAAGCGGAUCAAGCUCAGUGCCGAGAAGGCAAUCUUCAUCUUUGUGAAGAACACACUCCCACCAACAGCUGCUCUGAUGUCUGCAAUCUAUGAGGAGAACAAGGAUGAGGAUGGCUUCCUCUACAUGACAUACAGUGGCGAGAACACCUUCGGUCUGUUCUAAGCGGGCAGAACAAUAACACCAUUGAACAACAAUGCCUCCUCCUGUAAAUAGGUGUCCGAUGAAGAAACAACCUGUGUAUAUAACACCUGGUCUACCUAGUCGUCGUAAGUCCUUGCAUUUUAAUGUCAAAAAUCGGUUCGACAGUAGAAGCAUAUGAUGCUUGAUACGUUUAAGUAGUUGUCUGGUCCUUCUGUAAAACUUGCAUGGUUUAAUCUGAUCUGUGAACUUGCUAUUCUAACAAACUGGAAUCAAAGACUAAAGUCUUUCUCCUGCCCCCAUUAAAGAAAAGUUUGCGUUUUGAUGUUA